AUGUCCGACGUCCCCGCCACGGCACCAUCCGGCUCGGCCGAUCCGUCCACACAAACCGCACAGGCCUCGUCCCCGACCGGCGCCGGUACCGGUGCGGCUGGCGCGGCGGCCGCGACAAAGGCGAUUAUCAAGAACGUCGACAUGGCCGAGGAGAUGCAGCAGCAGGUGAUUGACCUCGCCGCCGACGCCCUCACCAAGUUCAGCGUCGAAAAGGACAUCGCCGCCCACGUCAAGCGCUCCAUGGACCAGAAGUUCGGCCCGACCUGGCACGCCGUCGUCGGAAAGAACUAUGGAAGCUACGUCACCCACGAGACGAAACACUUCAUCUACUUCUACCUGGGCCAGAUCGCGUUCCUGCUUUGGCGAGCAUAG